UUUGCUUACAUAAAGAAAAUUCUUUUUUUUGUGUAAGCAAAUUAUGUCUGUUUAAGAUUAUAAAUUUUACCAGGAAGAUUUUAUAUUCUUGCUUAAUAUGAAACAAUGAAUUGUUAAUUUGAUACUAUUUUUUUUCUGUGUAGCGUUAAGAGCGCCGUAUACCGGAGUUACUACAUAAAAAAAGAGUGUUCUAUCAGUUUAAAACAUCGCGAGAAAACGUCAUUUUUCAAUCUAAACUUCCAAGAACAGUCAUUCAUAAAUUAAACGGCCGGUUUUCAUAGUUCUUAUGGGAGUCAGCUUCACGCGGAUGACAUUUAAUCUCCGGAAACUCUGACGGCGUUUCGUAGGCGAACAGCGCGAUCGCGAGCUGAGGCGAAUCGCGCAUAAUAGCGCCGGUUUCCCUCACAACCAAUGGCAAAGUCACGAUCCUUUCACUGUCAUUAUGCGCUCGGGAUCUCUCUUUCUCUCUUUCUUUCUCUUUCUUUCUGCCUCGCCGGGCGCUUUCGUGCGAUGUUGUCGUCGUCGCAUCGGCAAAUUGUCGCUGACCCCGUAUAAUUUGUGAUCGUAAAUGCGUCAAUCCCACUUUGUUCAGGCAUGCGAGACCCAAUAGUGACAAUGGCGUAACUAACGUCGCGUAAUAAAUUUUGUGACGAGAAACGUUAGUAUUAUGCGAUAAAUAUUUUGAUUAUUUCCUUAUAACGGGACACGUUCUGGUAAUUUCGCAAUUUCGUUUGUCGCAUUGAAUUAAGCAACGUGAAACGCAAAGUGGGCCGGUCGCGUACGAUUUCUGUGUACCAAAUGAGCUGAGAAAAACUAUGAAGAACCCUACGAAAACAGCUGGACACGAUCCAUUUGGACGUUUUCGAAAGUUUCAUAAUUGAUAGCAAACACACGGUGUGCUAUGUGGAAAGAAGCGAAAUCUCUGAAGACGACACUCUAAGUUAGGAACAACUCACACAUAGUUUAGUCAAGUUAGAUUUUUAACAUGAUACGAAUUAUUUAAUUUCGAGCCAGCGCAUAUUUAUACACAAAUACUUUAUUACAUGAAAAUAUAAUAGUAAGCGAUUUUAUUAUAACGAGGAUUAUUCUUGAGCGCCAGUGUACAUACAAGUAAAAUUUGUUUAGAAAUAUUUAUGUUAAGCAUUAUCGUUAUUCCACUCUCGGCUACACAAAAAAAAAUUUGCAUCAAAUCAGAAAUUCAUUCAACAACAUUUGUUUUCCCUAACAGCACGAGAUAUCGUAUUAAUAUUCUAGAAUAUUCUAGAUAUCGUACGAAUAUUCGUACAAUAUCGUACAAUAUCGUAUGAUAUCGCACGUAUAUUUGUACGAUAUCACGUGCUGUCAGGGUUGUUUUAUGUAUAAGCAAGAAUAUAAAAUCUUGAAAGAAUUUGAUCUUAAACAUAAUUCGCUCACAUGAAGAAACGAAAUUUUUUCAAAUGAACAGUGAAUUGUUUAUUCGAUACUAAUGUUUUUUCUGUGCACCCGAUGCGCGAUUUAUCACAAAGCGCGCCGAUAUUUUUAAUGAGUUAUCUGGAAAAAAGGAUCAAGACUUUCUAUUCAUAAUGGCCACGGCGCGCCUACUCGAAUGCCUAUCGCGGACUUGGGAGCAAGCGCGCGGCUGUCGAAAAGUAAAAGACGGCAUUAACGAGCUGAAAAAAAAAAGUGCACACAGGAAAUAAUACAUCAUUUAUCCCAAAGAGUCAUUGCCGCGUGAGUUCCGCAUUCACCUCACGUUUCCCAUCUCGUCCACGUUCGGCUUGUAGAUUGGCUUGUUUUACUUCUCGAUCAUUAAUAAGCGUGGUAAUUCAGUAUCGGUAAUUUCUCCCUCGUCUCUCCCUCUCUGCCGCGGUCUCGACGGGGGAGAAAUAACGGGGGAUUCCCCCGGCGACGCGACGCGCACGGAGCGAGCCGCUCGCUCGCUCGGCUCGGAAUUCGACGACGGGCCCUUCACGUACCCCCAAAUGAACCUCGACACUUGGUAAGUCUACCUACAAGGUGGUGGGCAGGCAGGUAUUCCGGAGCAGGUUGCUCGGAUCCACCGUGCGCGUUCGAGCAGUCGCGCGUCGGCCUCUCACCGCGCAACGUUCCGCUCUUCUCUCGAGUGCACGCCACGAGCAGCGGCUAACAAACACGUUUUCCCUCGCCGUACCCAUCUUUUAACUAACGAACAAGGUAACGAACGAAGGCGGGAUUUCCGCAUUGGCCGUCGGCGAAACGCAAACACCGCACGCACCGGACGCGCGCCGAUCCUGCGGAGCGGCCCGCGAGGGUAAUGCGAAGGACGCGGCUCACGAGGAUCACGCGGAUACACGCGACGAUUUAAAAACCGGCUGCGUGGGAAACUUCUGCGAUGGACCGAUGAGACGGCAGGACGGACGCGUGACAUGAGAGAACGGCUGCGAAAAUGAUGAGGAGGAGCGGCAUGAACGGACGAGGAGUCGGCGACAACGGCGAAGGAGCGCUGGUCCUGCUCCUCGUCGCAUUGACUCCUGUUAUCUGCUCCGCCGGAAUCCUGGACCCUUGGCAGUGGGCGCGCAGCGAUCGGAUCGAAGUCAACAUACCUUGGCUGCCUUUCGAGAACGAGACGCGCUGCUACGACGAGCUGGGCUGCCUGAACAUCACCAGGAGCUGGUACCACCUCAUUCAUCGACCCCUCAACGUUUUCCCAUUACCGCGAGAAGUCAUCAAUACCAGAUUCAUCCUCUACACAAAUAAGAAUCCCCUGGACGGUCAAAUACUAAAAGUGGCCAAGGAUAAAUCCAUUGAAAAUUCCAACUUCAAUCCUAAACGAAAAACCAAAUUCAUUAUACAUGGCUUUAUAGACACUCCGCUCAGCAACUGGGUCAAGGAAAUGAGAAGCGAGUUGCUGGUGCACGGCGACUACAACGUUAUCGUGGUCGACUGGGCUGGUGGGAGUCUACCCUUGUACACCCAAGCGACGGCGAAUACGAGGCUGGUCGGACUCGAAUUAGCUCAUCUCAUCAAGCACUUGCAAACAAAUUACGGCCUGGAUCCGAACGAUGUGCACUUGAUUGGGCACAGUCUCGGUGCCCACACGGCCGGUUAUGCGGGCGAUAAAUUGGGCGGCAAUAUCGGGCGCAUCACCGGGUUGGAUCCCGCGGAACCGUACUUCCAAGGAAUGCCGAGCCAUCUUCGCCUGGAUUAUACGGACGCCCGACUGGUCGACGUGAUUCACACGGAUGGAAAGAGCAUAUUUUUCUUAGGCCUUCCAGGGUACGGGAUGAGCCAGCCUUGCGGGCACCUGGACUUCUACCCGAACAACGGCAAGGAGCAGCCAGGAUGCACGGAUCUGAGCGAGACCACGCCGUCGCUGCCGCUCACCCUGAUACGCGAGGGCCUCGAGGAGGCCUCGCGCGUCCUGGUCGCCUGCAACCACGUGCGCGCGCUCAAACUCUUCAUCGAGAGCAUCAACUCCAAGUGCCAGUACGUGGCGCACGAGUGCUCGAGCUACGCGAGCUUCCAGCGGGGCGAGUGCUUCUCCUGCAAGAGCAACAACAGCCUGAGCUGCGCCGUGAUGGGCUACCACGCGGACACCAGCCCGGCGCUGGUGAAACGCCAGGCCAUGGGGCAGGACGUCUCGUCCUUGCUGGGCUCCAAGUUUUUCUUCAUGACCGGCAAGGAGGAUCCGUAUUGCAGAAGACAUUACAGAAUCACCAUCAACCUCGCCCGACCGCCGACCGCGGAGAGCUGGGUGCAGGGCUUCAUGAAAGUCACUCUCCACGCCGACAAAGGCGUGAUACGCAACAUGGAUCUCACGCCCAGCGGUUACAUGAAACUGGAGCAUGGAUCGACCGCGCGGAUGGUCGUGGCUCAUCCGACCGGUUCCAUCGGCAACAUCGGCAAGAUCAGGCGAGUCGAGCUCUCCUGGGUCUACGACAUGGACGUGCUGCAGCCUAGAUCCCUGUGCUUCUUCUGGUGCAACGAUCACCUAUACGUCAACAGCGUCAAAGUGGACGCCAUGGACCUUCCAGGCAGAGGAAAACGGGAGGCGGAUUUCUCCAGCAGGCUCUGCUCGGCCAGCAGACAAGAGUACGCGGAGAUCGCGAGCGGAUCCACCGCCACGUUCGUCGACAAUUGCUGACGAUCCGUUCCGCGGCGGGAAAUCGCAUCUUUCGAGCGCGUCGUAUAAUUAUAAAACGCUGAGCAGCUGUUUUCAUUGCAUCCGGAGGCGGUACUCGAAAGUCGGACGAAGAUGAUGAUGAUGAUGAUAAUGAUGAUGACGAUAAUGAUGAUGAAACAAACGAGAGAAUCGGCGGCAGUCCCUCGUAAUCCUCGUAAUUCCUUUCGCCAACGAUACGCGCGAGAGGCGUUUUAUGCGUUUGGCUCUUUUUCUAUUUAUCGCGAACGAUCUGCCGCUUUCUUCAAACGGGGUCUUCCAGACCUCGACGCUACCAAUUAACACUUCCACGAGGCCCGACGAGACGAUCUGACGCAAUUCGCCGCUUUAUGACACGCCUACAAUCAUCGAGUUCCUAGAGAUCUGUCCCGUCGGCGAAGAUUAGAUCCUAAUAAUUGCGUCUGAUAAUUGAGACGCGGCUAAAUUGCGAGAACAUUCGCAGGAAGUGAAAUUCUUGACGAACAGAUGUUUAGAUGUAAAUCAGACGAGCUAUGAGCCGUUUGCUUCUGACGGAAAAGUCUAACACUUCUCGCUAUGCAAUUUUUUUUCUCUUUUUGGUAACGAUUUCUUCAGUAUUAGUAUUGAUCAAUUACUAUGUACAUGUUGUAUAUAACAGUAGACAUAACGCAUUAAAAUUAAUUUCUUAUGGAUGUGAUUAUUGCCAGAGUCUUCAGGAAAACUUCAGUGAUCGUUAACGUAAGGCUUCUAUUAAGCCGUCGAUCUAUGUAUUAUAUACAUUAAUAUACAAUUAUUCCUUUUUUGUAUAACGAUAUGGAUUAUCGUAUUGUCUCUUGCGAUACAAAUAUGAUGAUAGGUUGUGAUAUUCUCUUAUAACUUAAGAAUCAUGAAACAAAAAAUUGCAAAAUGCGGUGAUUCAAAGACGACAAACUAUACUGCUAUUUGCUCAUAGUCUUUAUAAAUAAAGUGUACAAAACAUGUGUAAUGAAAAGGCAAUUCUUGUUAGUGAUAGGAAUAUUCCGAGCUAUUUUUUACCUGUAUAGAUUGUUGCAUUGUAAAAUAAAGUUUAUUAGUUGUAUGGAUACUAUAUUGCACAAAAAUAAAAUGGGGAUAUUUUUUAUAAAAUAUACGUGAGAUUUAUGUGUGUCGUGGAAGUUUGUGUAGUGUUACUCUUGUCAUUUUUUGGAGAUUUCGGGGGGAAAUCGAAGAAACACACUUGCGACUACAGCUUGCUAUAAUCUUUCGCAGUGUUUACUCCUCGAUAAAACGCUUUACACGCUUUAAUCCGUCACUUAUACAAAAAGAUUAUCGUGGAGCGUAGCUAUACACGGUAACAUAUGAUUCUCCUUUUUUUUUAUCUUACACGAGAUUCAACAAUGAUUGAGUAAAAAAGCCGUCCACGUUUGUUCGACGCGGUAACAAGGGAUUGGUAAAA